AUGAACAUUGGUAAAAGUAACGAUGAUCGCAAGAAGCAGAGACUUGCGAAUGCUUAAAAUAUCUUAAACACCAAUAUGACUGCCAAUAGUUUUUAUAAGACUAAUAAUAACCUUAAUAACAAUCCUACCAGUUAAAGAAAUCUAAAUGGUGAAAGAGGAAGCGCUUUUGAAGAUCUAUAAUUAAACGAUUAGUUUUUGAACUAGUUUUAGCAAAAAGAUAAUUCAGCAGAUUUUUCAUAAAAAUCCAAUGUGAUGCUUCCAUUCGAUGACAAUAAUUAGAAUAUGUUGAAUAAUUCGUAAAAUAACAUCAAUACCUAAACAAAUAUAAUGGGCAAUAAUAACUAACAAAGCUCCAUGAACAUGAUUGGAGGUGGUAAUAGGAACAGUAACAACACUUCAUAAAAUAAUAUUAUAGUGACCUAAAACAAUACUUUGAUAACUCAAAAUAACACAUUAGUUACUCAGAAUAAUUUAAUUACAGGCAACAAUAAAACUUAAGCAACUAAUAACAAAAACGUGAAAGCUUAAUUAGCUCCUAUUUCCAGCGAAAGAGGUUAAAUAGAAACCAGUAGUGGCAAGUUUGAUAUCAAUAGACUUGAAGAAAUGAUUUCUAACAACUAAACAAAAGUUACCUAGCCUAAUGCUAUUACCAAUAAUAGCAACGUUAGUAAUAAAAGGCAGUAACAAAGCAAUCUUUUUUAAAAAAAGCAGCAAAGAGGAUAGAAAUAAAAUAAUCCCUCAGGACUUAUGCAGGUUAAGGGAAAUAACAGCCAAGCGGUAAAUAACAACUAAACUAUUAAUGAUCCAAAAACUAAAAUGAAUACUGAUAACAUGACCAGUUAGAAUUUACUGUAUAAUUCUAAAGAAAUAUAAGAAACUAUUGAUAAUGGAUCUGGCUUUGAAUAAACAAAAGGUCAAAACAUUCACAUUCUUGAUGAUGAAAUAGACCAAAACAACAACGAAAAAAAAGGAGUAUUGUAUCCUGCUAAAAUAAUAAAUUCUUAAAAGCGUAAGAGUGUUUAUGAAGAUCAAAUAUAAAGACCUCCUUCUAAAUCAACAAUAGAAAUUUUAGGAAUAAUUUGUCAGGCUUAAGCAAAACUUUGUGUUUUGAUAUGCCAAGGCAUUAGAGCGCUCUCUCAAAAAUUUGAAAAUUGUGUAAGUAAAAUAUUUAGAAGUAGGGUUGGCUCUGAGCUUAUUUGGUUAUUCGGAGCUGUUUUUAUCUGCUGGCUAGUAUACAUGGGAAUUACAUACAAUUCAAGAGAUAUUACAGAUUCAAAUUAAUAUGAUUCAUUAAAACAAUAUAUUUCUAAUAAUAUUAUUUUGGGAUCAUUUAUAUUUAUCGCUUACGGAAUCAUAUUCCUCUCAAUUAGAAAUUGGACGGCUUACCUUUUACUGUUCUUUUUCUAAGCUGUUCCUUCAUUGAUUAUAUUUAUGUACUAUGUCUACGAUACCUUAAAGCUUAGAAAUAGGUUGCACAUUCCUUCACCUGAUUAUAUUUAAUGUGCAUAUAUUUUUGGCUUAUAUUUCUUUUGGAUGGCAACUUUCUUUGUCAUUAAAGAUCUUAGGGAAAGUUUCAACAUCUCAGCAAGAAAUUUCUUCAUGUUAUUCUGGUGUAUUGUCACCGCUGCACUAGUAAUAGGCUACACAGUUUAUACAGUUUCGACAACUUGGAAUUUAGAUUUUUAUUGGGGAGAUCAUUACAUCAAAAUUCUUGCUGGACCCUACAUUUUGAUUUUAGCAUUAAGUUGGAUUUAUAUGCAUUUCAGUUUCUUUGAUCCAAUUCUCUAAAAGGUCCCUGAUCGUUAAUUAGCAGCUGAUGAAAAUGAAUUAGAGAAACUAGAACAAAAAAAAUAAUAAAAGAAAAAGUAUGAAUCUGUUAAAGUUAUUAUUCCUGAUUAAGAUGAUGAGCAACAUGAAUCAUUUUUAAAGAAGUAAUCCUCAAAUGAAUAGCAUAAUCAACAUGAAGAACAUGAUGACUAAGAAUUUUUAGAAGAAGUUCAUGAUGCUGAAGGAGGUGGUGCUUUUGGAAUAACCUAAUAAGGAGAUACUAUCGGAGUUCAUUCAGAAAAGAAAGAAGGAGAGGAAACUCCUUAAGAUUUAACAGAAGAAGAAAAAGCUAGACUUGAAUAGGAAAGACUUGAGGCAGAGGAACAAGAAAGACUUAGAAUAGAAGAAGAAGAAAAAGAUAAUGAGUUAAGAGAAAUUGAAAAACGUAAACUGCUUCUUAAAAUUGAAUUACGUAGAGAUAAACCUGAUCCUAGAAUGAAAGUGAUUAUGUAGAAUUAUUCUGUUAUUUUCUGCUCUUGUGUUUUUGGUGGUAGUUUAAUUGUCUUAACUGUAAACUCAAUGUUAAAUAUGGCACACGAUUUGCAAAUAGGAUAAGAUGAUAACUUAUUUUUAAAUUAAAGAGGAUUUUAUUUAAGUGUAUUUUACAUUUUUAUAGUUCCUAUUAUUUGCUUGUUAGGUACAGCACUCAUUUUCUCAUAAGCUAGUGAUAAAAUCAAGCUAAUAGUUUUCCCAAUAAUAGGUGGAUUAGUUCCAGUUCUAUUUUUCAUGCCAUUCUCUGUAGUUACAGAUUUAUUCUAUAACUUAAGACCCUUGAAAACAUUCUUUGCAAUAGGCCCUUGCAUUUUAGGAUUAUAUUGGGUAAGUUUAAUCUUCAUAAAAAUCAAGAGUAUUUAAUUCUCUAUGUUACUGAAUGGUUACAUUUGCCUGUUCUUUAUCAUUCCUUUGCUCUAUAUUCUACCACAACGUUCAGUCGAUUACUAUGGAGCAUAUGAUAACAUUGCUUAAGGAAUAGAGCUUGCUUUGAUUAUUAUUGGUAUUAUCUUAUUGUUGACUUUAGUGUUUAUUGAUAUCUUCCUUGAGAUUAGAAAGAGAUUCCGUAGAAGGGCUCUAAAAAAUAAGUUGAAAAAAGAAGGACGUCGUUAAGAAAUAGAAGAAAUAGAAAAGGAGGAAUUUGAAGAAGGCUAAAAAUUCGAAAUUUCUAAUAUCUUUAAAUACGAUUUAUACGAUUUUGGUUUAUGGGGAAAUGCCUUUGGCUAUAUAUUUACAUUAACUGUACUAGCAUUCAUGUAUUUCAAUUAGCCAAAAUGGAUUUCUCUCCAACAAUCAGGUGCUAUUAUUGGUAUGCAACCAGUUAUACUUUUGCUAUUUUUAAUUUCUUUAAUUGUGUUGUUACUCAAGAUUAUUCCUGAAAAGUAAAAAGUAGCAGUCUCUUUUUCUGAGUAAAUUACUUAACUUGUUGAGAGUAAAGGAGAAAGAUAAAUUACUCUAGACAGGCAGCACAAAGCUAAAAGAACUAUUCUUAUGUUUAGUUUUGUCUAUGCACCAAUUAUACUAGGUAUUUUGAUUGCUGUAUUCCAUAAUAAUGAUGAAGUUAAAUCUAAUUGCAUUACCAUGAUUAUUGGAUUCCCUAUAGUGGCUAUCGUUUUCCUUCUUUUUUAUAAGCUUAAACAAAACUUUGAAGGACAUGCUCGUACUGCAGUACCAGCUCUAGUUGUAUUUUGCUGGAUUUUCCUUUACCUUCCCUUAGCUGGUAUUUUGCCUUCAAGUGUUUUAUAUCUCUCAAAUGAUGAUGAAUCUGAUGUAAAUUAUGAAAGACUCCUUCUUGGAUUCUUAAUUAUUUUAUUAUUCCUUGGUAUCGCACUCUUUGCUAUUUUUAUCCAUUUAUACUUCAAAAGAAGAGAUUUCGAAAAGAAAUUCUUAUUCAUUGCAUCUAAGCUAAUAAGAAAGCUUGCUAAAGUCCACGUUAAAUCAGAUUAUCAUGUUAUUAACUUGAUGUAUUAGGGUUAUAUUAGCAAAGGAGCUGAAGGAAUAAAAGAAGCCUUGAUCAAUUUGCAGAAACCUGUUUAUUACGCUGAAGUUUCAGACAAAGAUCCUGAUCCUCGUUACUCUAAAAUAAUCAUAGAUGCAUAUGCAUAUGAGAAGUUAAAUAAAAAAGAAAAGACUAACCCUAAUAAAUGUUGGGAUAAAUUUGUUAGUUGGUUCUUCUAUAUCUUUUGUUGCUGCUAUAAAGAUUACUAUGCACGUUUGAUGGCUUAAAUAGCUGCUGAAAGAAAUAAAAAUGGGGCUGGCGAUGGGGAUGGCUCUGAUGGUAACAAGGAUCUCUAAAAUAUCAUGGAUGAAGCCCUUAAAAAGCAACAAGAAUAAGAAGAGGAGGAAGAAUAGAUCAUAGAAGAGGAUCCAUGGCUUAAAAAAUAUAUCAUUGAUAAGAAAUUCAGACCUAUUCAUGAAAAGAUUAUUGAACCUUUGAGAAGAUAUGAUCUUGGUCAGCAAUUAGAAAUAAGCAAACCCUGGACUGAUGCUUUCUUGAGAAAUGUGUUUUACGUGUUUGCUUAAGGCUCCUCAACCAAAUUUGAUGGGCUUAAAUGGAAAGACUAUGUUAUGUUUAAAGAACUACUAAUUAAAGGUGGUGUAAUUCCAUGUGACGAGAUUCAAGAUCAUGAAAUUGAUAUCAUUUACAAUAAAUUUACUUCUGUAGAUGGAAAACCUAAUAAAAAACCUAUUUCAUAUUUUGAAUUCCCUAAAAUUUUAAAGGAAGUUGCAAAAAGGAAAUAUCCUUUUGAACUAGACGUAGAUGAAGCUCUUGGUAAAUUAUGUAAAAAUUGGCUUUAUCCUUACUUGCUAUGGAACCUUCCACCUAUUCGUGGUCUUUACAGACAUGAAUGGGAUUAUGUCUUGUUUUUACUUAAACUUUACGGAUUGGACGAUUUAUAUAAGGAACUUAUCGAAGAAGAUGAAGGAUUUUACUACAGACUUAAGAAGGAAUUAGGAUUGAUGCCUAAAGACGAAACCGACGAUAUCAUAUUACCUGAUAUUGAUGCCAGAAUGAAGAAUAGAAAAACAAAGUGCUAGAGAUGUAUUGAAAGAUUUAACAAAUACAUGAAAUCUCUUAUGGAAAACACAAGCUAUUUCUGUAAAAGUUUAUGUCUCCUAGAUAAAGAUAUCAAGAGUAACGGAAAAGAUGAAAUAGACUUAGAAGUGAAUUUGAUCAACAAUGAUCUCUUGGCUCCCUAAUAAUUUGGUGCAAAGAAAAAGAAAAAUGGACAAGGAUACAUUCAUGAAGAAUCUCCAGAGUGGCCUGAAAUUGUUGACAUUAUGGUUGAUGAAAUUUAACAUUAAGAAAAAUAAUUUGCAAGACUCAAAGACAAAGAAAUUGGUCUUGUUGAGUUAAGAAGCAACUUUACAAACAGGUUUGCUAUAUUCUUCAAGAUUCUUGAGUAUAUCGGAAUGGCAUUUAUUGCUUUCAGACCUGCAGUUACCUAAUGGGGAUUCAGCACCAUAGUUUACCAAGUUCUCAACUCCAUGGACACCGAAAUACCCAAUACCAAUUUCUCAAUUAAGUUUGGUGUGGGCCUUGGCCUUUCUAUUGCCUUCUUCAUUUUCUUGUAUAAAUCAGUUCAGAGAAUUAGAACACUAAGAUUUGGAUCAUGUGAAUAAAAGAACAAAAAGCUUUAUUGUAGUGCUGAUUUCUGGUAAAUUUAAUUCUUGAGCAUGGCAGGUAUAGCGAUGAUGUUCUGGAUUUUCAAGAUUCUUUUAGAUGGCAUGUCUUGUGAUUACUCUGUGGUUCCUAAAUAUUUAUAUCAACAACCAGACUUCAUUUGCUUGGAAUAAAAAUAAAUUACACUGAUUGGACUUGGCGUUUUGGGUAUAUUCAUUUUCUAUCCUAUGGCUAGUUUCUUGUGGCCAAACGUUUAAUACUAGAAUAGAUCUUUAGAUUUAAGAUAUGACCCAACUUAUUUGGUUAUUUCAACUCAAGUGAAAUUCUUACUUGCUGGUGGUACUGCUUUCCUUGCACAUCCCGAUGUUCAAGUUUAUUACUUUGCUUUCUCAACAAUCCUGCUUUUAUUGUUUGCAUUUUUAACUAAUAAAAUGAAACCUUGUUUACUCAAAAAGGUUAAUCCUUUGGAUAUGGGAGGCUAUUUCUUAUGUGGCUGGUUCCAUUUAAGUGCAUUAAUAGUAACUGCUACUGAAAAUACAACUAUUGCUUGGAUUGUCCUUGCUGUAGGUGCUUUCUUGAUAUGUCUUUUAUCAUUGUUUAACUGGAAGAUUAUUCAUGAUAAAGACUUAGCUGAAAGAGAAAAGAGAUUGGCAAAUGAAAAGAAAGAUGUCAAUCCAGAAGUCUAAGUCUAGGAUUAAGCUGAAGAAGUAGAAAUAGAAUAAUAGGAACCUGAACCUGUUAUGGAUGUAGAUAAAGUGCUCUAUGAAGAAUGGGAUCAACAAAUUAAAACUUAUGACCCAGAACUACUCAAAAUCACCAAAGAGCUCUAAGAAACAAGAAAGAAAAGAAUUGAUGAGAGAAAUAAAAAGCUAAAAGAACUUGAAAGACGUUAAAAGCUUAUUGCAUAAAUGGAUAAAGAAGACGAAGAGGAUGGCAUCAAAUCUAAAGAAAAAGUGCCUGGAGAAGAUGGCGAAGAUGAUUUAGAAGCUUAAAAGAAAAAGGAAGAAACAGUAGGACUUCAGAAAAAGACAACAAUCAAGCUAUGA